UCCUCCUCCCACAAAACCCUAAAUAUUUAAUUCAAAACCCUGCAGUCUGCUCAGUCUCCCUUCUCCAUUGAUUUGAGCCCCUUCGUCAAGCUAAACCUCGGGUCUAUCUCUAUAUUCAAAAGAUUAUCGGUUUAAAGUGUUUGUUUUUAGGGAUUGUUCAUUUGUUUUCACGAUGAGCUUGCUUGAUAUAAUAACAAAGGCUUCAGCUAAUACUGAGCCGCACAGUUCUCUAGCAGAACACCCCAUAAUGUUAAACGCAGAUGAUAUUUUCCUCAAAUUAAAGCCUGAAGCUGAAAACACCAAUACCACAUCGCUUGUUAGUCCCCUCACGGGUUGGGGGAUAUCUCAAACUGAUGCUAAACUCAUUGAAUCGAGCAAAAAGUUUUAUACCAAGUUAAGUAGAAAGUUCAAACACGUCCAUAAUUUCAAUAGAGAAGAGUUCCUUGGUAUAUUGACUCCAUUUCUUGAGAAAUUUAGGGAAAAAGUUGGGGUUUUUAUUGGGUUUGAUUCAAAUGAUUCUGGGUACACUUCUUUUUUGCUUGAAAAAGUUGGGUCUUUGAUUGGUAGAGAUGUUUUGAGUUUGGUUGUGGAAGCUUGUAUUAGUUUUGAAAUUUGGGAAUUGUUGGAGGUGUUGAUUGUUAAUGGCUUGAUUGACCAUUCGUGUUAUUCGAAUUUGAUUUUUAAUCUUGCUGCCAAGAAAAGGUCGGAUUUGCUUUGCCUUUGUCUUAAACAUGCUCGCAAUUUGGGUUCGGUUGAGUUGCUUUGCAUAUUGAAAUAUUUUCUAUGUCCACCUAAAGAUGGCUAUGCUAGUAUGGUUAGUGUGAGGAAGGAAUGGGAGAGUCAAGCUUUGCUGGCUAUUGAAAAGGCCAGACUUGGGAAGAAAUCACGGUUGGCCAAGGAGGCUGCGAUUUUGCUUAUGGUUGCCCAUGAUGGGUUUUCGGAUGCUGAGCUUUGUUUGCAUUAUUUGUUAGCUUCAAACAAUGUCGAUGACGUGAUAUUGUCAUCUUCACUCGGUAAGUUAGGCGGUAAAGAGUUGAUGAAUUUGAUCAUGUACCUUGGGAAAUGGUUGAAAAAGUAUGAGAGGUUUCCUCAAGCCAUUCCAUGCCCUAAGGCUUCCUCUGCUUUGGGCUUGAAGAUCUGUGAUUGGGUGCCCAAGCUUGAAGAUGUUGCAAAAUGUCUCGGGUUUUUCGUGGAUGAGAACUUCUCUUCGUUGAUGUUAUAUCCCGAGUUUCAUGAAGAAGUCAAAUCUAUCGAGGGAGUGGUUAGUUCCCUAGCCUUUGAAGCAAGAUUUUGUUGUUCAAUGACAAAUGUAAUCGAGAAGUUAAGAGAGGGGGAUAUGCAGAGCUAGGAAUUAUGGUAACGUUGCAUUGACACACUCUUUUCCCAUCAUUUAUGAUGCCUGUGUCUAAUAUAUUUGUGUUAACUAGACUCGUUUUCGUUUUGGAUUGAAUCAAAGUUAUCUUUAAUCUUUUUUUCUGC